AUGAAUUUUAAAAGUUUUAACGCGAAACUUCAUAUACCGUUUAAUCCAGCUGGUGAUUUAUAUUCACAAUUAUAUGACUAUUCAAAAAGUAGAUUAUUUACAUACUGUGAUGACAUACAAGGUUAUAUUUUAACUAUCCGUAUUGAAGAAUUAAAUCAAUUAUCUAAUAUCUUGGAUAACGGGAAUUGUCUGGUAGAAACUUAUAUAAACGGAGAAUCUUUGAGCCUGAAAGAAGGUGAUGUUAUAAAAGUAGAAAAUGGUGUAUUUUUGAAUUUUAUUAAGUGUGUGAAUGUAAAUAAUGAAGUUAGUUCUAUUACAGGUGCUGUUAAAGUAAUAAAGAUAAAAAACUUUCCAGAGAUUGUUGUGGAAGAAAUUAAACAAGAAUGA